GCGAAGCCAAAAGCCAAGCCGAAAACACGUGGUGCGCGAUUCAAUCAUGCCGGCGGACCUGUAGCUGUGUUUACAUCGCGUUUUCACUAUUUAUUUGUUGUUUUUUGAGUAGAUCUUAGCAGUUACAUCGGCUGCACCAUGAAUCCUACGUCAGAGGAAGAAAAGAAGAGGCUUACCGAGGAACUGAGCGACUGCACAGUCCGCCUUCUCAGAAUCUCUGAGCAGAGCUGUCGCCUGAAACACACAAAGCGCACCAAUUACCUCUCGUGGCCAGACUACUUCAUGUCCUCUGCUUACUUGGCAGCCAUGCGCAGCAAGGACCCUAACACACAGGUGGGCUGUGUGAUCGUCAACGAAGAGAACAGGAUCGUCGGAGCAGGGUACAACGGAAUGCCCAACGGACUCAGCGAUGACGAAAUGCCGUGGGGCAAGUCGAGCGAUUCGCCGGUCGAUACCAAGUAUCUCUAUUGCUGCCAUGCCGAGAUGAACGCCAUUUUCAACCGCAACUGCUUCGAGCUGCGUGGCUGCACACUCUACACCACGCACUUCCCCUGCAACGAGUGUGCCAAAAUGGUGGUCCAGUCCGGAAUCCGGCACGUGGUCUUCCUCUGCGACAAGCACCCUGAAGACCCGACCUAUGUUGCGUCGAGGCUCAUUCUCACAAAAGCCGGGGUUGACUUCAGGCAACUUGUUCCCGAGACUAAGAAGAUAGUAAUUGACUUUCAGCAAUUAGCCGCCUUCAAAGUUUGAUUGUUAUACUGUUACAUCAUCAACAUUAUUAAAUGAAUUUAGCCAUGACAUGAAGUGAAAUAUUAAAGUACUUU